UGCUUUGAAUUAAAUACUUUUGCAUUCUUUUUCAGAAUGAAGUAUCGGUUCCAAAACAUGACAGGCACACAAAGAAUGCAAAGACUGAAACAAAAGCAGAGCAAACUGCAUUACCCAAUGAAAGAAAAGAGUUUAUGAAAGAAAGAAGCCCAGUUGUACAUGACCCUAUACAGGAGGAAGAAAUUGCUAUUAUAUUGGACAAUCAAGAAAAUGUUUUAGAAGCUCCACAAUUUUCUGGCAAAGAAGUCAUUUUUUUGGACCCACCAAAUACAUCUACACCACAGAAAUCAAAUGCCAAUGUAAAACAAGCAGCCAUGAACAGUAAGCACCAAAAUGAGGUAAACAGCCACCAAGACAACCCAGAAGAGAAACAAAACACUUUUGUCAAAGAAACUAAUCAAGUGGCUGUUGAACAUAAUCAGCAGACUCCUAAUGCUGAGGUUACUGGUUUAUACUCUGGAAAAGCCCUUCCUAAACGAGUGAAUAAACUUGUUAUUCACGUUCCUCCAUCCCAAAAACAGGGAGUGCGACUGAGAGAACUGCUAAAACCAGUAGAUGAUAAUAUUCCAACUACAUGCUGUCAACAACAGGACAAAGAAAGUCUUAAUCUGGUUAUGAUUGACACAUCCAACCAUUCGCCAUUACCAAGGCUUAGGCAACCUGCUUUCAGAGAUGCCUUUACAAGAAGAAUUUCUUGGAUGUCUGCCACCCACCAUGCAAAAUCUGGAUCUCCACCUUUUGUUAUUAAUGGCUCAAGGCCACCAGUUUUUCCUAUGUCUCGGCAGCAGACUUUUAUGGUAAGAAGCCUAAGACAAUCAAGAGAGAAGUCACAAAUUCCCUUGGACAAUAGCAAAGUUAAAAGAAAUGUGAUUCAGCUGAAACAAACAAAUAAACCAACAGAUCUUAAUCUUCCUCUAUUAUUGCCCUCAUACCAGAAAAGGUCAGACAAAAAAAAUGAAAUUUUAAGAUUAGAAUUCACAUAGAAUUGUUUAAUGAGGAACAAACCUGUUGUGUAAACUAAACACCAAUGGAUCAGCAUUGGG